AUGCCUGACGACCUAUCAUUACGCUUGGGCGGCUCUUCGAAAAGAUUACAUUCUCGCAAAUUUGGGGAUGCUUCCAAUGAGGAUUUUGCACCAAAUAAUGUGGAUUUGGAAAAAGAGUACAAGGCAUCUCAGAGUAAUGUAACAACGGAAGUUUAUGAAGCAUCGAGCUUUGAAGAAAAAGCAAGCUCAGAAAAACCACAAUAUAGCUCGUUUUGGAAGAAAUUCUAUUAUGAGUAUGUGAUCGUUGACAAAUCAAUUUUGGGAGUCUCUAUUCUGGAUUCAUUUAUGUACAACCAGGACUUAAAACCCGUUGAAAAAGAAAGGCGGGUUUGGUCUUGGUACAAUUACUGUUACUUUUGGCUUGCGGAAUGUUUCAACAUCAAUACUUGGCAAAUUGCUGCUACCGGUUUACAACUAGGUUUAAAUUGGUGGCAGUGUUGGAUAACAAUUUGGAUUGGUUAUGGAUUUGUUGGUGCUUUCGUUGUUUUGGCUUCUAGAGUUGGUUCUGCGUACCAUUUAUCCUUCCCUAUAUCAUCUAGGGCAUCUUUCGGAAUUUUUUUCUCUCUAUGGCCUAUUAUCAACAGAGUCGUCAUGGCGAUUGUGUGGUAUAGUGUCCAAGCUUAUAUUGCGGCAACUCCGGUGUCGCUAAUGCUAAAAUCAAUCUUUGGGAAAAACUUACAAGACAGAAUCCCAAAUCAUUUUGCGUCACCAAAUGCUACCACUUACGAAUUCAUGUGUUUUUUCAUCUUUUGGGUCGCCAGUCUUCCAUUUCUAUUAGUACCACCUCAUAAAAUUAGACAUUUGUUCACUGUAAAGGCAGUUUUGGUUCCAUUCGGCUCUUUUGGGUUUUUGAUCUGGGCUAUCAGAAAAGCUCAUGGACGUAUCGCCCUAGGAUCUCUAACCGACGUACAACCUCGUGGUUCUGCAUUUUCGUGGGCUUUUUUGAGAUCACUCAUGGGUUGUAUGGCCAACUUUUCCACAAUGGUCAUCAAUGCCCCAGAUUUUUCAAGAUUUUCAAAGAAUCCUAACUCCGCUUUAUGGUCUCAAUUAGUAUGCAUUCCAUUGUUGUUUUCUAUUACUUGCCUGAUUGGUAUCUUAGUCACCGCAGCUGGUUACGAAAUAUACGGUGUUAACUAUUGGUCACCAUUGGAUGUGCUAGAACAAUUUCUACAAACUGCUUAUAACAAAGGAACAAGAGCGGGAGUCUUUUUAAUUUCCUUUGUCUUUGCGGUAGCUCAAUUGGGUACUAACAUUUCCGCGAAUUCGUUAUCAUGCGGGACUGAUAUGUCUGCUAUUUUUCCCAAAUUUAUCAAUAUCAGGCGUGGUUCUUUAUUCUGUGCAGCUAUGGCAUUGUGCAUUUGUCCGUGGAAUUUGAUGGCAACAUCGAGUAAGUUUACAAUGGCUUUGUCCGCAUAUGCCAUCUUUUUAUCCAGUAUUGCCGGUGUUGUUUGCUCAGAUUACUUCGUUGUUAGAAGAGGUUAUAUCAAGUUAACACACAUUUACUCACACCAAAAGGGCUCUUUCUAUAUGUAUGGAAAUAGAUUUGGUAUUAAUUGGAGGGCCUUGGCUGCGUAUUUAUGUGGUGUGGCUCCAUGUCUGCCUGGUUUCAUCGCUGAAGUGGGCGCUCCAGCUAUAACCGUGUCUGAUGGCGCUAUGAAAUUAUACUACCUAAGUUACUGGGUGGGAUACGGCUUGAGUUUUUCGUCUUACACCGCUUUGUGUUACUUCUUCCCUGUACCGGGAUGUCCAGUCAACAACAUUAUAAAGGACAAGGGUUGGUUUCAAAGAUGGAUCGAUGUUGAAGACUUUGAAGAAGAUUGGAGAGAAACGAUAGAGAGAGAUAACUUGGACGAUGACAGCAUUAGUAUAUACGAGCACGAAGACGAAAAAACAUUCAUUUAA